UUAAUUUCGUUUAUUGCCGGUCAGUAGCAGGUUCUAGUGCCGAUUUGUUCCUUAUUUAGCGUGGUUUUUUUAUUUGUGCUUUCCGAAACAAGUUUCAAGUGAGCGAAAAAGUGCACCCCAAACAAGUGUCAACACAAAAAGAAGAAACGAGUUUGGCUCAAAUUGUGAAAUUGAUAAAGUUGGUUGGUGGUUGUGAUACACCGUUCGGAACCGGCUAGAGCCCAGUAACGAUGGCCACCCUGCCGAAGCUAUCGCGCUCAAUGCGGGCCCACACCGACCUGGACAUCCGCCGGGAGCUCACGAACCGGCCCGAGGAACGGCCAACUCUGCAAAUCUUUCGCAGCAAGGAGGCUAAAAGUGGCGUCUCCUGGAAGGAGCUCAAGCUGUUCAUCGUCCAGCGCCUUCCCCCCACCGAAGCGUCCGUGCUCACGAACAAGCUGCGCGACCUGCACAACCACUGCCGGGAGAUGCUGGGCGCCGAGGAGAACGCCACCCUGGUCGACGAAGCGGCCAUCUUUGUGCUGCGCCUCUUCCUGGACCAGCGGAUCGUCAUGCUGAAGCACACGUCCCGGCUGAAGAAGAUGUUUGGGGGGCAGGUGCCGAACGCCCUCAUCAACAAGAUGUGCCAGCUGGUGGGGGGAGAAAUGAGCGCACUGUUGACGGCGGACUGCCGGCAGUAUUUGGAGGAGAAGGAACGAGGGGAUGGUGGUGACGAGACGGAAUCGCUGUGGGGAGGACACAUCAAGUGCGCGCUGCCGGACGGGAUUGGGGGGGAUUUUGGACUGUUGACGGAUUUGGCGCCGGCGCAACCUACCGAUAGCAAGGCGGCGGUCAAGUUUUCGAUGAAGUACGAUGGGAAGAAGGAGCAGGAGCAGAGGAAGGGGGUGGAGUUGGGACAGCCGGGGCCAAGUUCUUCGUCUUCUUCUUCGAGUGAGAAGUACACGCGGGCUUGGCUGGCGAAGCAGAUGACGCCGGAGUUGAUUGACAAUCUGGUGGAGUUGUUGAAGUCCUCGAAGAGCAACGACGAGCUGCAGAACGAUUUGGUUGAUUUUCUUGGGUUUGAGAAGUUGGAGCUGAUUGGGGAGGUGCUGCAGAACCGGAAGCACAUCAUCGAACGGGUGAAGGCGAUUGCGCAGAUCAGCGUGUUCAAGGAGAAAGCGGUGAAGAAGUUGGAAUCGAUGCAGCACGCGCCGGCUUAUCUGAUGCCGGUCAUGAUCCAGUCCGAGUCGGAGCGGCAACUGCGCAAGCAGGUCAACAAGGAGGAGAAGAAGUUGAAAAAGUUCCUCAACACGGUCGGAGGGGUGGAAGACGAAGUGGAAGAGCUGGACCCGGUCAAGAUGAGGCUGAACUACCAGCAGAGUUUGCUGAUUGCAGCCCAGAUGGCACCACUGUUGGAUGAUGAUCGGCCGCCGAGAACGAUGGCACCGCGAGCCCCCAAACCGAUCAAGUAUCCGUACGUGUUCGAUUCGUACAGCGAGGCCAAAGCGCACGUCGGGUUUAUCGCCGGUGGCAAGCUGCUUCUGCCGGAUAACGUCGAGCGGAACGAUACCAAAAUGUACGAAGAGGUGAAGAUUCCCGCGGCGGAACCGCCCACCCUGACGAUCGGCAACAAUCGCAUCAAAGUCGAAGAACUGGACGAAAUUGGCCAGAUUGCGUUCAAGGGCUGCAAGGAACUGAACCGCAUCCAAAGCAUCGUGUACGAGGCGGCCUACCACAGCAACGAGAACCUGCUGGUGUGCGCUCCGACCGGUGCCGGUAAGACGAACGUGGCCAUGCUGACCAUCGUCAACACCAUCCGUCAAUUCGUCGACCAGGGCGUCAUCCAUCGCGACCAGUUCAAGGUUGUGUACGUGGCCCCGAUGAAGGCGCUGGCCGCCGAAAUGACCGCCAACUUUGGCAAACGCCUCCAGCCGCUAGGCCUGUCCGUGCGGGAACUCACAGGUGAUAUGCAACUAACGAAAACCGAACUCCAGCAGACGCAGAUGAUCGUCACGACGCCGGAAAAGUGGGACGUUGUGACGCGGAAGGGCGCCGGAGAUGUGGCCUUCAUCAGCCUCGUGAAGCUGCUCAUCAUCGACGAGGUUCAUCUGCUGCACGGAGAACGUGGUCCGGUCGUGGAAGCGCUCGUCGCACGAACACUCCGCCUCGUCGAGUCCUCCCAGAGCAUGAUCCGCAUCGUCGGUCUCUCCGCCACCCUUCCCAAUUACAUCGACGUCGCCCGGUUCCUCCGCGUCAACCCGAUGAAGGGCCUGUUCUUCUUCGACUCACGCUUCCGACCAGUCCCACUCAGCUCAAACUUUAUCGGCGUCAAGUCCCUCAAAGCGCUGCAGCAACUCUCCGACAUGGACAACAUCUGCUACGAUCGGUGCAUCGACAUGGUCCGCCAGGGUCACCAGGUUAUGGUGUUUGUGCACGCCCGAAACGCAACCGUCCGGACGGCCACCAUCAUCAAGGAGUUUGCCCAGCAAAAGGGCCACAGCCAGCUGCUGCUUCCGGACAGCAACCCGGAGUACGGAAACGCGAUCAAGGCAAUGUCCAAGAGCCGGAACAAACAGCUGGUGGAGCUGUUCCAGAACGGGUUGGCGAUGCACCACGCCGGUAUGCUGCGUCAAGAUCGGAACCUGGUCGAGAAGUACUUUAGCGAUGGGAUCAUCAAGGUGCUGGUCUGUACGGCAACGCUCGCCUGGGGUGUCAACUUGCCCGCGCACGCCGUCAUCAUCAAGGGAACGGAAAUCUACGACUCGAAGCACGGUACGUUCGUAGAUUUAGGUAUUUUGGACGUGCUGCAGAUCUUUGGCCGCGCGGGUCGACCGCAGUUCGACAAGAGCGGCGUUGGAACGAUCAUCACGACGCACGAUAAGCUGAACCAUUACCUGUCACUGCUGACCAAUCAGUUCCCGAUCGAGUCGAACUUUAUCCAGUGCUUGGUGGACAAUUUGAACGCCGAGGUGACGCUGGGCACGAUCAGCAACAUUGACGAGGCGAUCGAGUGGUUGAGCUACACGUAUCUUUUCGUCCGGAUGCGGAUGAACCCGCAGUGUUACGGACUGAACUACGACGACCUGAACGAGGAUCCCACGCUGGAGCGAAAGCGACGACAGCUGAUCAACACGGCUGCGAUGGCGCUGGACAAGGCGCGGAUGGUGCGGUACAACGAGCGAACCGGCGACAUGAACGUGACGGAUUUGGGCCGGACGGCGUCCCAUUUCUACAUCAAGUACGACACGGUUGAGGUGUUCAACGAGCUGCUGAAGCCGAUCAUGAACGAGGCGGACAUUCUGGCGAUGAUGUCGAACGCGCAGGAGUUUGAGCAGCUGAAGGUGCGGGACGACGAGAUGGAUGAGCUGGACGAGCUGACGAGGGUGUGCUGUGAGGUGCCGGUUCGUGGGGGUAGCGAGAACAUCCACGGCAAGGUCAACAUUCUGAUGCAGACGUACCUGUCGAAGGGGUUCGUGCGAUCGUUCUCGCUGAUCUCGGACAUGUCGUACAUUACGCAGAAUGCGGUUAGGAUAGCGAGGGCGUUGUUUACGAUCGUGCUGAGGCAGAACAAUCCGAUCCUCUCGGGGAGGAUGCUGAACGUGAGUAAGAUGUUCGAGAAGCAGAUGUGGGAGUUUAUGACGCCGAUGUACCAGUUUCCGAUUCUGCCGUUUGACGUGGUCGAGAAGAUUGAGCGGCGAGGGUUGAGCAUUGCGGCGUUGCGAGAUAUGGACGUGAAGGAGAUCGGUGACAUGUUGAGGAAUCAACGGCAAGCCACGCUGGUGAAGCGCUGUGCGGAGGAGUUCCCGCUGUUGGAGAUUGAAGCGACGCUUCAGCCGAUCACGCGGACGGUGCUGAGGAUCAGGGUCUUCAUAACGCCCUCGUUCAAGUGGAAUGAUCGCGUGCACGGUAAAACCGCCGAGUCGUUCUGGAUCUGGAUCGAAGAUCCGGAGAGCAACUUCAUCUACCACUCGGAGUACUUCCAGAUGACCAAGAAGCAAACCAUGCGACAAGAGGUACAGGAACUGGUCAUGACGAUCCCGUUGAAAGAUCCGCUACCACCGCAGUAUUACAUCCGAGCGACCAGCGACACCUGGCUGGGAAGUUCCAACCUGGUUCCUCUCUCGUUCAAGCAUCUGAUCCUGCCGGAAGUCCACCCGCCUCACACGGAACUACUCCCGCUACAACCACUCCCGGUGACCGUACUGAACAACCGCAAGUUCGAAGCCCUCUACAAAUUCACCCACUUCAACCCGAUCCAAACGCAAAUCUUCCACUGUCUCUACCACACCGACAACAACGUCCUGCUCGGCGCCCCAACCGGUUCCGGCAAAACGAUCGCCGCCGAGAUCGCCAUGUUCCGCGUGUUCAACACGCUCCCCAAGGGCAAGGUCGUCUACAUCGCCCCCCUCAAAGCUCUCGUCAAGGAGCGCAUCGACGACUGGAAGCACCGGCUGGAGAAGCGCCUCGGCAAGCGGGUGGUCGAGCUGACGGGCGACGUAACGCCCGACAUCAGGGCGAUCCGCGAGUCCCACGUGAUCGUGACGACGCCGGAAAAGUGGGACGGCAUCAGCCGGUCGUGGCAGACGCGUGACUACGUGCGGGACGUGGCGUUGAUCGUGAUCGACGAGAUCCACCUGCUGGGCGAGGAUCGCGGACCGGUGCUGGAGGUGAUCGUGUCGCGGACGAACUUUAUCGCGUCGCACACGGAGCGGACGCUGCGGAUCGUGGGGCUGUCGACGGCGUUGGCGAACGCGCGGGAUUUGGCGAAUUGGUUGGGGAUUGGGAUGAUGGGGUUGUAUAACUUUAAGCCGUCGGUGCGGCCGGUGCCGCUGUCGGUGCACAUUCAGGGCUUCCCGGGGAAGCACUACUGCCCGCGGAUGGCGACGAUGAAUAGGCCGGCGUUCCAGGCGAUUCGGCAGUACUCGCCGUGCACGCCGGCGUUGAUUUUUGUGGCGUCGCGUAAGCAAACUCGCAUUACGGCACUGGACUUGAUCGCGUUUUUGGCGGGGGAGGACAAUCCGAAGCAGUUUUUGCACAUUCCGGAGCAGGAAAUGGACCAGAUUUUGAUGAACAUUAAGGAUAACAACUUGAAGUUGACGCUGGCGUUUGGGAUUGGGAUUCAUCACGCGGGGUUGCAAGAGCGGGACAGGAAAACGGCUGAGGAGUUGUUUUUGCACCGGAAGAUCCAGGUGUUGAUCGCGACGGCCACGCUGGCUUGGGGUGUCAACUUGCCGGCGCACUUGGUGAUCAUCAAGGGAACGGAGUUUUUCGACGGCAAGUUAAAGCGCUACGUCGACAUGCCCAUUACGGACGUGCUGCAGAUGAUGGGUCGGGCUGGACGGCCUCAGUUUGGCAACGAGGGCAUCGCGUGUGUAUUUGUGCACGACGUGAAGAAGAACUUUUACAAGAAGUUCCUGUACGAUCCGUUCCCGGUGGAGUCGAGCCUGCUGGAGGUGCUGCCGGACCACGUGAACGCGGAAAUCGUAGCUGGAACGGUGCAGACCAAACAGGGCGUGCUGGAUUACCUCACGUGGACGUACUUCUUCCGACGGUUGCUCCGAAAUCCGGCCUAUUACGAGUUGGAGGACAUUGAGCAGACGCAGGUCAACCACUUCUUGUCGACGCUGGUUCAGCGAACGCUGGACACGCUGGUUCGGGCCGGGUGUGUGGAAAUCGCCGACGACGAGCGGGGACUGCUGCCGACUUCGAUGGGUCGGAUCUCGUCGUACUACUACAUGUCCCACCAGAGUAUGCGGCUGUACGCGGACACGCUGCGCCACGACAUGAGCUUCGUGGAGGUGCUGCGGGCCAUGGUUGAGGCGUGGGAGUUUGAGCAGCACCCGGUGCGGCACCACGAGGACGUUUACAAUACCGAACUCGCCAAACUGUGCCCGAUCAAGAUCGACCUGCUGACGGUGGACAACCCGCACACAAAGGUGUUCCUGUUAAUGCAGGCGCACAUGUCGCGACUUCCGUUGCCCAACUCGGACUACGGCACCGACACCAAGUCGGUGAUGGACCAGUCCAUCCGUAUCAUUCAGGCCAUGAUCGACAUUACGGCGGAACGCGGCUGGCUGGCGACCACCCUGCGCACCCAGCAGCUGAUGCAGUGCAUCAUCCAGGCCCGCUGGAUCGACGAUCCGGUCGUGCUGACGCUGCCCCACGUUGAACCGCACAAUGCGCACGUGUUCAACCACGUCAAGUUGGACUUCCCCAUCCUGACCCUGCCCGCGCUCAAGGAAAAGUGCAACCGCAAGUACGAGAACCUCGCCGGCCCGCUGCGCCAAGAGUUCGAAGAGCCGGAGAUCGAGCAAAUCUACAAGGUCCUGUGCGCGCUUCCCUCGAUCAACGUGCAGCUCUCGAUCCGCGGUCCCCACGGAGACGACGCGAACGCGGACCGACCCGUGGCGCAGCCCCAGCACCGCGAAACCUGGCUGGAGCUGUACGCCGGCCAGGAGUACGUCCUCAACGUGCAGCUCAUCCGGCUGGGCAGCCUCGAGUCGCUCAGCAUUCACUGCCCCAAGUACUCCAAGGGCAAGGACGAAGGCUGGUUCCUGACGUUGGGUCACCAGGCCGAGGGCGAACUGCUGGCCAUGAAGCGGUGCGUGUACCGGAGUAACAAGAGCACCCACCAGCUGUGCUUCUACGCGCCGCCGCAGUUGGGUCGCCGAAUCUACACCGUCUACCUGAUGUCGGACGGGUACAUCGGGCUGGACCAGCAGUACGACAUCAACCUGGAGGUGGUGGAACCGCCCAGGCAGGAAGAGCAACCAUCGCAACCCGUUGACGGAUACGCCGAUUACUACGCGUUCGCCAAGGAUAAACUGUGAACGAACGUCGGUGGAUACUAAUCUUAUGAAACAAAACAAAACAUAGCCAAGCUUUCUCUAACAAAUUAUUUGCAAGCAGAAAAGAAACAAAAAAAUCAAACGUAAUAAACUGAACAAUGUGAUUUGUUAUGCCCCUCAUUUGGUGCACAGUAGGUCAAGAGUACUAUCAAGUAUAAGCAGGUUCCUUAAACCGAUUUUCAAAAUAAAUGAAGGAUUAUUUAUUAA